AUGAAUAUUAAAAGAGCCUCCGGCCGUCCGUGUCCAAUUGAAAGGGAUUUAUAUGAGUUUUCAAUUCCACAGAGCGCUGAACUGAUCGUGCCGACAUUACAACUGAGUAGUGGUGGGAACAUACCAGUGGUAGCACUCGGCACAUGGCUGGGACAUCGACCUAAAGGAAAAGUAGUUCAAGUAACCAAUGACACAGAGCAAGCUGUCAUAUACGCGUUGGAAGCUGGAUACACACACAUAGACACCGCGUACAAAUAUGGAAUCGAGGACCAAGUGGGAAGGGCCCUGACCAAGAAAUUCUCAGAAGGACUAAAAAGAGAAUCUAUCUUUAUAACUACCAAGCUAUGGAAUUCCUUCCACGAGAGAGAGCAAGUGGUCCCAGCGCUGAGGAAGUCCCUUGAAAAUCUCAACCUGGAAUAUGUCGACCUGUAUUUGAUUCACUGGCCCAUAGCUAUGUUUGAGAACGAUACCUUACUCGACAACGUGGACUUUCUGGACACGUGGCGGGGUAUGAUCGACGCUAAGAAGCUCGGCCUCACCAAAUCCAUAGGCAUCUCCAACUUUAACCAAGAACAAAUCCAGAGGAUCAUCGACAGCGGACUGGAGAAACCUUCGGCUUUGCAGAUCGAGUUAAACCUCAACCUGCAACAACCAGAGCUCUUCAAGUUCUGCCGCGAAAACGACAUAGUGGUGAUGGCGUACACUCCCUUCGGGUCGCUGUUCCCGAGCAAGGCUCAACCAGACGCUCCUCCGCCGAGGAUUGACGAUGAACGCCUCGUCGGUAUCGCCCAGAAAUACAACAAAACUGUCCCGCAAGUUGCUCUUCGCUUUUUGAUCGAGUUAGGAGCCGUCGUUCUACCCAAAUCGGUGCAUAAGGAGAGGAUCGAGCAGAACAUUCAGCUGUUCGACUUCAGUCUGACUCCUGAGGAGUUCAACCUGCUGAAAAGCUUUGACACCGGCUACAGGACCUUGCCGCAGACCAAAUGGAGCAAACAUCCUGACUACCCGUUCCAGUUAGCAUAAUAUAAAAAGCAUUUUUUUUUCAAGAAUCGCUAAACGAGUAUUUGUUUUCAGUUCUAGUUUAGAGUUCCACAUGAUAGAAUUAAUGACAAAAAUACGUUGUUGUGUUAAUAAAUAAAAAAUCACAAAAAAAAACCAUUUCUUUGUU